GUUGCUUGCAGUCACACUGUCACAGCUUUGCAAAUUAAUGCAGUGUCACUAUCCUUCUAGUUUUUCCUAUGUUCCCUCGUGACACGCAUUUGUUCAAAAAUGCAUUCAUUUACACACAAAUGUGCCAUUGACUUCUAUAUCAUAUUAUAUCUCCUACCCAUUUCUCAAAUCUCAAUGCUUACACUAAAAAUGUCAUCUUUUUCAGCAUUUGGUGAUGAGUGAUGCUUCAUUUCAUUCAAAGUCGCAUUUGAGGCCAGCUUUGCUCUCCCCAUAAGCUAAAGGUUAGAGUUCAAGUAUAAUGGCUAAAAUCCCCUUCUUAUUGGUGGGGCUUUGGCUGCUAGGUAGCUGGACAAGUUUGUUGGAGGCAGAAUACAUGAAGUACAAGGACCCUAAACAAUCAAUUGAUACUCGAGUUCAGGAUCUUAUUACCAGAAUGACUCUUGAGGAGAAAAUUGGUCAAAUGUUGCAGAUUGAGCGCAAGUAUGCAUCUGUUGAUGUCCUCAAGAACUAUUUUAUUGGGAGUGUAAUGAGUGAGGGAGGAAGUAUGCCAGCUCCAAAGGCUUCUGCUGAAAACUGGAUUGAUAUGGUUAAUGAAUUUCAGAAGGGUGCUUUAUCAUCCCGGCUUGGAAUUCCAAUGUUUUAUGGGAUUGAUGCCGUUCAUGGCCACGGUACUGUUUAUAAAGCAACUAUUUUCCCCCACAAUAUUGGGCUAGGAGCUACCAGGGACCCUGAACUAGUUAAGAGAAUUGGAGCUGUAACUGCUCUUGAAGUUAGAGCAACAGGAAUUCAAUAUGUUUAUUCACCUUGUGUAGCAGUCUGUAGAGAUCCAAGAUGGGGUCGGUGUUAUGAAAGCUACAGCGAAGAUCCUAAAGUAGUUCAAGAUAUGACUGAAAUCAUAUCAGGAUUGCAAAGGGACGUCCCUGAUAAUCUUCCAAAGGGUGUCCCUUAUAUUGCUGGAAAAGAAAAGGUUAUAGCUUGUGCUAAGCACUAUGUGGGUGAUGGUGGAACAAUCAAUGGGAUUGAUGGGAACAACACUGUUAUAGAUAGAGAUGGAUUAAUGAGAGUUCACAUGCCCGGCUACUUUAGCUCAAUUAGCAAAGGUGUGGCAACCAUAAUGGUCUCUUACUCCAGUUGGAAUGGAAUAAAAAUGCAUACUAACCAUGACAUGAUCACUGGCUUUCUCAAGAACACUCUGCAUUUUAAGGGCUUUGUUAUUUCAGAUUUUGAGGGUAUUGAUAGAAUAACCUCUCCACCUCAUGCAAACUUCACUUAUUCGGUUGAAGCAGGAGUUUCUGCUGGCAUUGACAUGUUCAUGAUUCCAAAGUUCUUCACAGAAUUCAUCAAUGAUCUAACCAUAUUGGUGAAAAAUAAGCUCAUUCCGAUGAGUAGAAUUGAUGAUGCAGUGAAAAGAAUUUUGUGGGUUAAGUUCAUGAUGGGUAUUUUUGAGAACCCAUUCGCUGAUUACAGCUUGGUCGGAUAUUUGGGGAUUCAGAAGCACAGAAAAUUGGCUAGGGAAGCAGUAAGGAAAUCACUGGUCCUUCUAAAAAAUGGUAUAUCUGCUGAGAAGCCAAUAUUGCCUCUUACUAAAAAGGUACCAAAAAUACUUGUAGCUGGAACCCAUGCUGAUAAUCUAGGAUAUCAAUGUGGUGGUUGGACCAUUGAAUGGCAAGGAGUCAGCGGCAACAAUCAUCUUGAAGGGACUACAAUUCUCACAGCUAUAAAAAACACUGUUGAUCCAGAGACCACUGUGAUCUACAAGGAGAACCCUGAUACUGAAUUUGUCGAGUCCAAUGGAUUUUCUUACGCCAUAGUUGUAGUAGGAGAGCAUCCUUAUGCUGAAAUGGAAGGUGACAGCAUGAACUUGACAAUCCCCAGCCCUGGUCCUGAGACAAUAACAAAUGUUUGUGAAGCCAUAACAUGUGUGGUUAUUAUUAUUUCCGGGCGCCCUCUAGUUAUUGAACCGUAUCUUGCUUUAAUAGAUGCACUUGUUGCUGGUUGGCUUCCUGGUAGUGAAGGGCAGGGUGUGGCUGAUGUUCUAUAUGGUGACUAUGGUUUCACUGGAAAGCUUCCAAGGACAUGGUUCAAAAGUGUUGAUCAGCUACCAAUGAAUGUUGGAGAUCCUCACUAUGAUCCCCUCUUCCCAUUUGGGUUUGGCCUUUCUACCCAACCUACUAAGGCCAUUUACUCCGAGUAGAUAUCAUCUUGAUCUGCAUAUUCGUUAAAAAAUAAGAGUAUGAAAGGUUGAUUUUCAACAUUUGGCAGGCAUGCUUAUUUUGGCAAGUUUUUUCUAGUGUAUUUUUUUUUUCUGAAGUUUUGCUUCUUCAUUUUACAUUAGGAUCCACAUUGAAAGCUCAAUUUUAUUAAUUCAUUAAAGACGUAAAAAUUGGGUUAAACCACCCAAGCUUAGGUGUUUCAA